GUUAUUUACUUCGUUUUGGAUAAUAAAAUAAAAUACUAUGAAUAUAUUAAGUGAAAUUGAUGCGUCAACAGUGAUAAGCGGUGCAGCUGUUACACUUACAACAGUUGGUGUUUUUACUUACUAUAUGACGUCAAAACCACAACCUAUAAAAUUAGCGUUAGAUUUAAACAAUCAGACCAGAGAAGUAGAGCCUGGUGUCAGGAUCUCUGCUUAUUUAACAAAAGAUUCAGAAUUAAUGGAAUAUCUAUAUGAAGACAGUAAAACAUUGUAUGAAAGUUUUCAAAGAGGAAUUCGUCUCUCAGAUAAUGGUAAUUGUCUUGGAAGUAGAAGUGGUCCUAAUAAAGAAUAUCAAUGGUUGUCUUAUAAACAGGUAUAUGAGCAGGCUUUAAAUAUCGGUGCAGGGUUAAUAAAUCUAGGGUUAAAAACCGGUCAAGAGACAUUUAUUGGUAUAUAUAGUUCUAACAGAAAAGAGUGGACUAUCACGGAACAGGGAUGCAAUGCGUAUUCAUUGGUAACAGUUCCAUUACACAGUAUAUUAGAUUCAUCAGCUUGUCAAUAUAUUAUCAAUCAUACAAACAUUACAACAUUGAUAUGUGAUAAAUGUAGUAAAGCAGAAUUAAUCUUACAAGAUACCAAGAAUAUAAAAUGUCUGAAACACAUGAUAGUAAUAGAAAAAAUAACAGAUAAGAUUAAAGAGCUGGCUAAACAAGGGAAUAUUCACCUACAUCAAUUUACAGAUAUACAGGAAAACGGUAAAAUCAAUCCAGUUGAGCCAGUGUUACCUAAACCCGAUGAUUUAGCUACUAUAUGUUAUACUAGUGGUACGACAGGUGAUCCUAAGGGUGUUAUGUUAACACAUAAAAAUUUAGUUUCCAAUAUAUCUGCUAUAAUAGCUCAUGUUAAGCCAAAUGUGGAAAUGACUCCAAAUGAUGUUCAUCUAUCAUACCUUCCUUUAGGUCAUAUUUUUGAAAGAGGAAUGCAGUUAUUAAUGUUCAUGAAUGGGGCACAAAUAGGGUUUUAUCAAGGUGAUAACAAGCUAUUAACUGAUGAUUUACAAGCAUUGAGACCAACUAUUUUCCCUACAGUACCUCGAUUAUUAAAUAGAAUUCACCAAAAGGUAAGGCAUUUUAAAGGGCCCUUACCAAAGAGAUGUUAUAUAAUAAGUAUGUGUAGGCCUAUUUUACAAUUAUUGUUCUGUAUUUACAGUGGUAUAAUAAGAAGAAAUAGUAUUUGGGACAAGAUAUUAUUCAAUAAGAUACAGAAUUUACUAGGUGGUAGAAUUAAAAUGAUUAUGACUGGUUCAGCACCAUUAUCAGAAGAAGUGUUAAAUUUUGCAAGAUGUGCUUUUGGAUGUAUCGUUAUUGAAAGUUAUGGUCAAACAGAAGCAUCCUCAGGAAUAGCAUGCAAUAUUCCUGGAGAAACAGUUCCAGGGCAUGUUGGUGGACCACUAAAAUGUACUAAAAUUAAACUGGUUGAUGUACCAGAAAUGGAUUAUUAUGCUGCGAAAGGAAGUGGUGAGGUUUGUAUACUGUUCAAAGGUCACCAUAUGUUUCAAGGUUAUUAUAAAAACCCAGAGAAAACAGCUGAUACUAUAGAUAAAGAUGGUUGGGUCCAUACUGGUGAUAUUGGUACAUGGUUACCGAAUGGUUGCCUGAAAAUAGUUGAUAGAAAAAAAAAUAUAUUCAAAUUAGCUCAGGGAGAAUAUAUUGCUGCUGAAAAAAUAGAAAAUAUUUAUCAAAGAAGUCCAUUUGUUGCUCAAUUGUUUGUGGAUGGAAACAGUUUAAAGAGUUGUGUUAUGGCUGUGGUUGUAUUAGAUGAAGAAUAUAUGUCUCAAUGGUCCAAUAAUAAUAAUAAUAAUAUUACAGAUGAGGAUAUAAAGCAAGUAGUAUAUAAAGAUAUGAUAAGAUGUGGUAAAGAAGCACAAUUAAAAGGUUUUGAACAGGUAAUUAGCCAAACGAAUCACAGAGUCUGGGAGGGUAGAAGUAGUAUGUCUUUUCGGAUAUGA